AUUCUCAAAACUCCACAAGAAAUUGCAGAACAAGUUUCCGAUAAAAUAAUUCAAACAAUCAAUUCCAAUAAUUUGAAAGGAAAACCAACAGUAUUGUGUCUACCAACUGGUAGUACUCCAAUUCUUACCUACAAAGCCCUUGUAGAAAAGUAUAAGAAGGGAUUGGUAUCAUUUGAAAAUGUUAUAACUUUUAAUUUGGAUGAAUAUUAUCCAAUGGAAUCAACCCACAAACAAUCCUAUCAUUACUUUAUGAAUGAAAAUUUAUUUUCCCAUAUUAAUAUCAAGAAGGAAAAUAUCCAUAUUCCAGAUGGUCAACUCCCAAUCGAAAAAGUUGCUCAAUUUUGUGAAGAUUAUGAAAAUGAGAUUCAGCAAUUAGGAGGUUUUGAUUUGGCUAUUUUGGGAAUUGGAAGAACUGGUCACAUUGGUUUCAAUGAACCUGGUAGUCAUUUAACAGAUGGUACUAGAAUGGUCCUAUUAGAUCAAAAAACCAGACUUGAUGCAGCUUCCUCAUUCAAAGGAAUUCAAAAUGUUCCAACCAGAGCAAUCACACAAGGUAUUAGUACUAUUCUCAAUUCAAAAGAAAUUCUUCUCCUUGCAACUGGUGAAUCCAAAUCUGAAAUUAUCAAAAAGGCUAUGGAAGACAAAUUUGAAGAUCCAACAGAAUGUCCAGCAACAUUUUUACGAGUUCAUCCAAAUACUCACUAUUAUUUGGAUAUUGCUGCUAGUAAUUUAUUGAAAAUUGUUAAAACUCCAUGGUUGGUAGAUCGUAAUUUUAAUGAUUGGUCAUUCGAAUGGAAAAAGAAGGCUGUUGUUAAUUUGGCAAAAGAAACUCGAAAGGGAAUUUGUGAAUUGAGUGCUGAAGAUUUCUCAAAACAUGGGCUCACCAGUUUAUUAUCUCAUGAAAAGUAUAACACUGACAAGUUGUGCUUCUCAAUUUUCCAAGAUUUAAUGAAGAGAAUUGCCUUUGCUACUGAAAAAUCUGACAUUGUUCCUGAUAACAUCAACGAUCCAGUUCUCAUCUUUUCUCCUCAUCCAGAUGAUGAUGUCAUUUCUAUGGGUGCAAUGAUGCAUUGUAUUAUUUCUAGAAGAAAGGAGCAAUUACCACCAGAACAAAGGGAUCAAACUGACAUUAAUGUCAAAGUUUGUUACAUGACUAAUGGAUCAGUUGCUGUACAUGAAAACAAUGUAAAGAAUCAUUUAAGAUUCAGCUCUCUAACAAGUGAAACACUUGGAAAGGAUUUUAUUAACAAUCAAGAUAUUUCUCAAAUUUUGGAAAAGAAGGAUAAGAAUGACCCAGAUAGUGAACUGGUACAAAAGUUGAAGGCAAAUAUCAGAAAAGCUGAAGCUAUGGAUGCAGUUGAUGUGUUAGGAUUGCACGGAGAAAGAGAUUGCAUAUUCCUUGAUCUUCCUUUUUAUAGAACUGGAAAAGUACAAAAGAAGCCACUUGGACAGGAAGAUGUAGAUAUGGUCAAAGACUUAAUUACACAAAGAAAACCAAAACAUAUCUUUAUUGCUGCAGAUUUGUCCGAUCCUAAUGGAACACAUCGUGUGGUUUAUAGAGCUAUCAAGAUGGCUCUUGAACAAUUGGCAGAUCAAGUUAGUGACGUGUUGUGUUGGCUUUACAGAGGAGCUUGGCAAGAAUGGGAUAUUGAGGAAGCAACCUAUUUCAUUCCAUUUACAAAAUAUCAAAUGGAUUUGAAGAUUGAUGCCAUUUACAAACAUCAAUCCCAAAAAGAUAGAGCACUCUAUCCAGGUGAUGAUGCUCGUGAAUUUUGGCAAAGAGCAAAGGAUAGAAAUACUGAAACAGCUGUCACUUUAGGUAAUUUAGGGUUGCCAAAAUUUUGUGGUGUGGAAGCCUAUGUU